AUUUCUUAUUGAGGGAUUUUAAUGGUCAACGGAAAGACAAUAGAAAAUGAAAGGUACAAUUAUAUAGAUCACUUAAGUUGUCAAAGGUAUAAUCGUUAUAUUGUAGAAACAUAAGGUUGACUACUAAACACUAUAUAAAAUGCAUAAAUAUGUGACAAGGGGAAGACAAGACAACAAUUCUUAGCCUCCUUCUCUUUAGUUGUCCCUCAUCUGUUUUAAGUGUAUUUAAGAGUUCUUAAUCUUGAACUUUGGAUUUGAAUUCACCAAAAUUUGAAGUUGAAUGCAUACCCUUUAUUUCCUUUCAAGACUUUUUGAGCUUUCUUGUCCUAAAAACUAAUUUUGAUUACACCAGGCAGGGAAAUCAAGGAAGAUUCUUUAAGGUAAUUUCAUAAGCAAAAUGAGUGUUAUGUAUGAAGAGCUAAGGAGAAACCAAGAAAUGGAUUCAACAAGUAUUGGACAUUCCAAACAACAACAUUCUGGAGUACUAAUGAGGUACAGUUCAGCUCCAAGCUCAUUUUUUACAAGCCUUAUUGACAACAACAACAACACUCAUAGCUAUGCCAACAAUGAAGAAUCUUUUACAACAAGUAAUUCAGAAAUGGAUACCAUGUUGUCUAAAUUGAUAUCUACCAACAAUGGAUGGAACAAUUCUUCUGAGCCUCUGCAAGAGUUUGGAGUCAAGGUUGUUAAGCAAGAAGAAAGUGAAUCUAAUGGUUAUUCUUAUGGUGGUUCUGAGUUGACUUACCAAGACUUGUCAAAUGGUUCUUCCAAUUCUUUUUAUGGAUCUUUUGUUGGAGUUAACUCUAUGGAUUCAGAGAAUUGUACUCAAUCUAAAAUUGGUGUUAGGAAUUGCUCCAAUCUCAUUAGGCAAAAGAGUUCACCCGCUGGAUUUUUCUCUAGUGAAAAUGGUCUUGCUACAUUGAGAGAGCUAGAAAUCUUCAAAGCCAAUGAAAUAUCAAAUGCACAAACAAGAGGGUUCCAUGGUACACUUAACUUCUCAUCUACUUGCUUGAAAAGAAUGCCACAAAUAGCUGAAAAUGGAAUCCAAAGCAUAGAUUCAAAUUGCGACCAAGGUAGAGACAUAAUAAAUGAAAAUGGUAGCACCAAAUGUCACAUGCCUAGCUUCAAUAAUGAAUUUUGGGACAAUUCUUCAUUCAAUGCUCAAAAAGUAGAAAGUGAAGAUGAAAUCAUGUUUUCUACCACAAAUGGUUUGGAAUCUCAGGAAGGAGAUUUUUGCUAUCAAAACCUUGGUUUGACUCACCAAUUGAGUCUUCCUAGUUCAUCCACUAAGAUGACAUCUAUUGAGAAGUUUCUUCAAAUUCAAGGAUCUGCUCCUUGUAAAAUUCGAGCCAAAAGAGGGUUUGCCACUCAUCCAAGAAGCAUUGCAGAAAGGGUAAGAAGAACGCGAAUUAGUGAAAGAAUCAAGAAACUGGAAGGCCUUUUCCCAAAAUUAGACAAGCAAACAAACACAGCAGAUAUGUUGGAUUUGGCAGUUGAGUACAUUAAAGACUUGCAAGGACAAGUUCAGAUACUCACAGAUUGUAGAGAAAAAUGCAAAUGUACAAGCAAUGAGAAGCUAUACACUAAACAUUGUAGCUGAUUUAUAUCCUUGUAAAUAGCAAAAGGAAGCAGGAUAUUUUUGUGUAUAUAUUAAAAAAUCUUUAAUGAGUGUGCCAAAGUUGGCAAUUGUAAUUAUAAAAAAUAAUGCUGAUAUUUGCUUAGUAUGAGUUUAUGUCCAUGAGAUUUUUUUUGUUUAUUUUUUCACUUUUGUUUACAAUUUUUUCUUCUGAUAUUCCUUUUCCUUUUAGCUUGAUUGGUCAAAGGAUCAUUAUGUACUAUAUCAGGUUUAGCAGGGGUCUUUCUUUCUCUGUAGCUCUACAUUAUACAUAUAAGAAGUCCGAUUGCACUAAUAA